UUGUAUUAAUAGCCUAGUUUCUUUUUGUUUUUAAUUUUCUCUAGGUGUGACUAUUGCUCCAACUGCACAGCUGACAGACAGAAGACGAUCACAAGAGGUGGAGCUCUGUAAGAUGAAGCUAGAGUGGCAAAAGGAUAAGACUGAUGAGCUCACCAAAGAAAGAGACUGUCUAAAAGAGCAAUUAGCAGCAUGUCUCACAAGAGAACCCACAAGGUCUGUCCAGCAUUCCAGUGAAGUACUGAGCAUGUCUUCACUUUCCUCUGACGGGUCAUUUGAUAAAGGUUCUGACUCCUCCACGAGCACAACUUCAUCAGAUGAAGACGGUCAGAAGAGGAAGAAGAAAGGCAAAGCCCAAAAGAAUAAGAAGUCAAAGAAACAUGACCAAAUUGCAAGAACAAGAGUUGCAGCCCAGAAUCCCAAACAAGUGGUCACCCGGUAUGAGAGGAUUUUGAGGCUGCUCAAAAGAGGAGGGACCAUGUCAGCUGCCUUUAAACGUCUGGGAGUGGACCGGAACACAAUUGUGGCAACUGCUCCAAUUGCUGAGCUUUUCAUUGUCGCACCUGAUAGGUAUAAAGAAUUAGAAAAAAAAAAAAAAAAACAGGGAAAGAAACUGCUGCAGCAAUCAGUGCAGAUCCAGAGCUAGAGGACAAACGUGAGUCCUAUAAGUCUUCUGGGAAGUUGCUUCCUCUUAAAAAAAGACUAGAUUUGUGUGUUUUUUUACAUUGUGAAAUGUGGUGAUAGGUCACCAUUGUUAACUGCAAAAAGGGCCAGAUUUAGUUAUGCAGUCCAGUUGAUUGGCAGAUUGGUGUGAUAAAAAAGACACUAUUUUUGGUUUGUAUGACUUUUAUUUUUUUACUGUUAGAUUCUAUGUUUAUUUUAAUGAUCACACAUGUGAUACUCUUCAUGUAAAGAUAUACAGGUCAUAAAAGUGCAUCGAGCCUUGUUCUUUACUUCAAAUACCGGCUCAUAGUGGUUCAGCACAAUGUUUGUGUUGACAGUUGUGUGUCAAUAUUUGUAAGCAUUGUUCUGAUGUUUUAUAAUUGGCAUCUUAAAAAUAAAGUGCUUUCUGUAUCUGUGUUGUCCUGUUACCAGUGGGGUUGUCUACUGUUUUACAUCAUGAAAGGACUGGUUAGUAAAUGAUGGAGAGCAGAGUUUAUAAAUGAUUAAUCAAUGACUUAUAGAUCAUGAAACAUCAUGAAUAAAAAGUGUGACACAGUAGCUUCAUCUCGAAUAAAGCCUUUAUAGUGGUGCUUGUAAGCCGUUAAGUAAUUAUGAUCAUGUUUUUGUAGAUGCAUUACAAAUUAUUAAAUAACCAUUAACCAAUGCUUUACUGAUGAUUAACUAAUGCUUAAUAGUGUGCACUUAUUAUAAAGUGUAAACGUUUUAAAGGUGACUCUCUCUUCUCUUGUCUCUCAGUUAAUACAAAGUGUUACAUAAUCCCUGCAAUAAAAAGUUCCAAUCUUCUGGUUAAAAUAACCCAAAGGUCCACAAGGUUGAUUCCAUAUUCAUUAUGGAAUUUCAUGUCUUAUGGUCCAUUAAUUAGAUGUAAAUUAACCCCUUACACAUGAAUAGAAAGAUUAAAAGUGUAAUUCACUGAAAACCAAUUUCUUAUUAUUUUGUUCUAGUCAUAAUCAGUCACUCAAGAGUUUUUCAGGCCUAACACCAAAAGAGUCUCCACCUAUCUGCUGUAAAUGUGUGAAAAUCUAGGAUUUGAAAAGUCUGACAGAUCUUCAACACACAAUGUUCCUGGACUCACCCAUCUCACAACAGGGAAGGCUGUUGUGGUUUUAGCCUUCAAGAAACAGCGGUGAAUGUCCUGACUAGUUUAAGCUAACUGUUAGCAUUG